GAGCUACAAGUCUACUAAACUACGGGUCGUCAAAUGGGUUUUCUAGGCUGGUAGGUGGUUUAGGUUGGAGGGUGGGGGCCCAAUAUUAUGCUCUUUCAUAGGGCCCAAAAUCUCUAGCGGCGCCCCUGCCUCCACCAACGCAACCCCAAACACAUGACUCAGUCAACCACGGCCCUGCCCACCUCCCAUCUCUGCCCCUCCCUCCUCAUGCACACUGGCUUCAUAAAAAGAAGCAACACACACACACACACACACACACACACGCACACACACACGCACACACACCCUGAGUGUGUGUGUGUGUGUGUGGAGGUGGAUGUGGAGGUGGAGGGAGACUGCAUCUCCACAUACUCUUACCAUCAAGGGAGUGUUCAACUUUCUCAGUCAGAACUCCAGACCCCACUAAAGCGUGUUGGCAUUGCGGUGCAAGUGAGCAGCAUGUCCGUGUACGUGGUCCGGUGGGGCGCGCUCUUGUUGUGCUGGAGCUUCUGUGUGAGUGCAGUGUCUGUGGCGGGACAGGAGCCGAACUGCGACGACUAUGACGACAACAACGAGAUCCCCCAGGACCGGGAGGAGGGGCCGUCUCCUGCUACCCCAUGCCUGGCUGCCGAUCUCCCCCGCUGGGACAAGCUUUUCAUCGCCCUGGAGGACUCCCACAUGCGGCAGAACAUGCUGCUGGACACCCUGAAGCAAUGCUGUGGGGGGGCAACCUCUCUUAGCCCCAAGCUGGAGCAGCUGGCCAAGGGGGCCUGCCAGCCUUGUCGUUCACCCGACCUGGAGUCAGCGUGCCCGGGGCAGUUAGGUCAAUCCAGCCUCAGGCUACUUCGAGGCCUACUGGUGGAGAUGCGGGAGGAGGAAGCGGCGUUGAGGGAAAGGAGGAUGAAUGCCACGUUACAGCAGCUCUUACAGGCCAGCCGGGAGCUGAGUACACACUUACAGAGGCUGGAGAUUAACCUCGCACGGAGCGAAGAGGCAGAUGCAGUGGCUGGACCAUCAGGAGCCGGGGCGUUGAUGAAGCAGAGUCCAGGUGGGCGGGGCUGAAGACUGAAAGCAGCAGGAAGUGGAGUUACCGACGCAUCGGCCAUCGAAGUGGAUAAAGUGGAGAAGGCCAUGGUCACCAGUGGGGAUACGGACACUGCGUUCAGCUAAGCAAGCUCAUGGGAUAGUUUCAGGACAACCAGGGAGGAACAACAUGGAGAGUUAAUCAAA